UGCCCUACUCACUGAGCCACAGGUGUGAGCCACUGUGCCCUGCCCCAGGGUUGUCUUUUUCUCUGUGACUUCCAUAGCCAAGGUGAACAACAGUGCUAGGGGCACAUUGGAGACUGGGGAUGAUGGUUGUCCUAUGGCUGCUACAGCUGUUGUUCCCUAGGACCGUUGAAACCCAUAUUGGCCAGGUAGAAGCAAAUUGACCCAUCAGGUAUUAAGGGAGCACCUACUGCAUGGAGAAGGCGCCUGGUGGAAGCAGGGCUGACCUGGCCCUGGCCUUGUGGAGCUUGUGAGCUGGAGGAAGGGACAACUAUGGCAAGACUGCCUGUGGCCAUGAGUCCUCAGUGCUCCUGGGGCUGAGGCUGAGGGUGGGGCUGGCAGCCAUGGGGCUGGGAUGGCUCCAGGCCUGGUUGUUGGGCCUUCCCACAGCUGUGGUCUAUGGCUCCCUGGCCCUCUUCACCUCGAUCCUGCACAAUGUGUUCCUGCUCUACUAUGUGGACACCUUUGUCUCAGUGUAUAAGAUCAACAAAACAGCCUUCUGGGUUGGAGAGACGGUGUUUCUCCUCUGGAAUAGCCUCAAUGACCCCCUCUUCGGCUGGCUCAGUGACCGCCAGUUCCUCAGCUCCCAGCCCCGGUCGGGUGCUGGGCUCUCCUCGAGGGCCGUGGUGCUGGCCCGGGUGCGGGCGCUGAGUUGGCACGGGCCGUUGCUGGCGCUGUCGUUCCUGGCAUUCUGGGUGCCCUGGGCCCCAGCUGGCCUGCAGUUCUUGCUGUGCCUGUGCCUAUAUGAUGGCUUCCUGACGCUUGUGGACUUGCACCACCAUGCCUUGCUGGCUGACCUGGCCCUCUCAGCCCAUGAUCGCACCCAUCUCAACUUCUGCUGCUCCCUCUUCAGUGCGGCUGGCUCACUAUCUGUCUUUGCCUCCUACGCCUUUUGGAACAAAGAGGAUUUCUCCUCCUUCCGCGCCUUCUGUGUGACAGUGGCUGCUGGCUCUGGUCUAGGCUUUCUGGGGGCCACCCAACUGCUGAGGCGGCGGCUUCAGGUGGCCAGAAGGGAGCCAGGGUGCUCAGCAUUGGCUGUGGAUGGUGGCCUGUGUGGAGAGGAGCUGCCUGUGGGCAGUGAGGAAGUGGGCAGCAUCACCUUGGGCCAAUACCUCCGGCAGCUGGCACGCCACCGGAACUUCCUGUGGUUCGUGGGCAUGGACCUGGUGCAGGUCUUCCACUGCCAUUUCAACAGCAACUUCUUCCCCCUCUUCUUGGAGCACCUGUUGUCAGACCACAUCUCCCUCUCCACGGGCUCCAUCUUGUUGGGCAUCUCCUAUGUCGCUCCCCAUCUCAACAACCUCUACUUCCUGCCUCUGUGCCGACGCUGGGGCGUCUAUACUGUGGUGCGGGGGCUCUUCCUGCUCAAGCUGGGCCUUAGCCUGCUCAUGCUGCUCGCUGGCCCGGACCACCUCGGCUUGCUCUGCAUCUUCAUUGCCAGCAACCGUGUCUUCACUGAGGGCACCUGUAAGCUGCUGACCUUGGUGGUCACUGACCUGGUGGACGAGGACCUGGUACUGAACCACCGUAAGCAGGCGGCCUCGGCGCUCCUCUUUGGCAUGGUUGCCCUCGUGACGAAGCCAGGCCAGACCUUUGCCCCAUUGCUGGGCACCUGGCUGCUCUGCUUCUAUACAGGUCAUGAUCUUUUCCAGCAGCCCCCCAUGACCCCUGUAGGGAGUGCCCAGCCCUGGCCAGAACCCCCAGCCCCCGCUCCUGCACAGGCCCCGACGAUCCGCCAGGGCUGCUUCUAUCUGCUGGUGCUGGUACCCAUCACCUGUGCUCUGCUGCAGCUCUUCACCUGGUCCCAGUUCACACUGCACGGAAGACGCCUGCACAUAGUCAAGGCCCAGCGCCAGAACUUGUUACAGGCCCAAACCUUGGACAUUAAGAUGGUGUGAGCAGGCCAGGCAAGGUGGCUCACGCCUGUAAUCCUAGUACUCUGGGGGGAAGGUGGGUGGAUUGCCUGAG